AUGGCAUCCGUUUAUCUCUCCAACUUUUCAGAGGCUGACGUAAAGCAGCAAGGAUCAGUAAAUGAUCACAUCAUGCCAAGAAUAGGUUACACCAUCUUGGCAAUCAUUUUGACUUUGUUCUCAGUUUCUGGAGUCAUCUUGAAUGUGGUGGUGAUUUUUGUGACAGCGAGGUACAAACAACUGCGUCAACCAUUGAACUAUGGUCUGGUUAAUCUAGCAGUGGCUGAUCUUGGAUGCGCUGUGUUUGGGGGGCUAUUCACAGCAGUCACCAAUGCCAUGGGCUACUUCAGUCUUGGCAGGAUAGGAUGUGUUUUGGAAGGCUUUGCUGUUGCCUUCUUCGGUAUUGCUGGUUUGUGUUCGGUCGCAGUUAUUGCUGUUGACCGCUACAUGGUGGUAUGCAGACCACUGGGUGCAGUGAUGUUCCAAACCAAACACGCCCUGGCAGGUGUGGCCUUUUCCUGGAUCUGGUCCUUCAUCUGGAACACACCACCACUGUUUGGAUGGGGCAGCUACCAACUGGAGGGUGUGAUGACCUCCUGUGCCCCUAACUGGUACAGCAGAGACCCAAUCAAUGUCUCCUACAUCCUGUGCUACUUUAUGCUCUGUUUUGCUUUUCCUUUUGCCACCAUUGUCUUCUCUUACACACGCCUUCUUUGUACUUUACGACAGGUGGCAAAAGUAGCAGAAAGUGGAAGCACAGCCAAGGCUGAGGUUCAGGUGGCUCGUAUGGUGCUCGUCAUGGUCAUGGCCUUUCUGCUUACAUGGCUGCCAUAUGCAGCUUUUGCGCUAACUGUAAUAAUUGAUUCCAACAUCUACAUCGACCCAGUGAUUGCCACGAUACCCAUGUACCUGACCAAGAGCAGUACUGUCUUUAACCCCAUCAUUUAUAUAUUCAUGAACAGACAGUUCAGGGACUAUGCUUUGCCAUGUCUCCUCUGUGGAAAAAACCCUUGGGCAUCCAACGAAGGAGACUCAGACACCAAUACAUUAACCACUACAGUCAGCAAAAGCAGCUCAGUGGCACCAUUAUAA